GGGCGGGCGGGGGGGCGGGCGGGCGGUCUGGCAGACAGGCAGGCAGGCAGGCAGAUCCGCAAAGAAACUCUGUGUCACAGGCAGGCAGGCAGGCAGGCAGGCAGGCAGGCAGGCAGGCAGGCAGGGAGGCAGGCAGGGAGGUAGGUAGGCACGUAGGUCGGUACGUCGUUCGGUAGGUCGGUAGGUAGGUAGGUAGGUAGGUAGGUAUGUAGCGUGUAGUUGAACACAGCACUCUGAAAACCUGGUUCAAGAAAGCCUGCUGAUAUCCUCAGGCUCAGAAGGAUGAGAGGUGAUUCUGGUGGAGGAGGCACGGGAGGGGUCGGUGGUUUGGGUGAUGGUGGGGAUGGUGGAACUGGGGGUUCUGGUGGUUUCGGUGGAAAAGGAGGAGCCUCUGAUGAUUUUGGGGGUCUCGAAGAAGGAACUGGAGGAGGGAUAGAUGGUGGGAUGGACGGUGGGAUCGAUGGCGGACCGGAUGGUGGAAUGGAGGGGGGAAUGAAUGGUGGGAUGGAAGGGGGAAUUGAUGGGGGAACGGACGGUGGACUGGAGGGUGGAAUGGACGGGGGAGUGGAUGGGGGAAUGGAUGGGGGAAUGGAUGGGGGAAUGAAUGGAGGAAUGAAUGGGGGAAUGGAUGGAGGAAAGGAUGGGGGAACGGACGGGGGAACACAUGGGGGAACAGAUGGGGGAAUGGACGGGGGAGUUAACGGCGGAAUGGAAGGGGCAACAGAGGGAGAAAUGGAUGGGUUGAUGGAGGGCGGGAUGGAGGGAGGGAUCGAGGGAAAGGUGGACGGAGGCACAGAGGGGGAAACUGAAGAAUCAGGGGAAGAUGGAGCUGGAGGUAUAAAUGGAGGAGCUGAAGAAGGAAUUAUAGAUGGAGGAGCUGGUGGCAGAGAUGGAGACGCUGAUGAUGGAGUCAAUGGAACUGAAGGAGGGGCAGAUGAAGGGGCAAAUGGAUAGCUGGACGGAGAUGCAGAGGAAGGUAUGGGUUCUGUGGCUGGCGCAGAAGAUGACGAAGGUGGUGAAUAUGGUUGAGGCCAGGAUGAUGCUGGUGGUUCAGGAGAAGAUGAUGGAGAUGUAGACGGUCCCAAUGAGGGUGCUGCAGAAGAUGGCACUGCUGGGGAUAAAGAUGAUGAUGGCGAGGAAGGUGGCAUUGAGGAGGGAGGCACAGGGGGAUGGGGAGGAGUACUUUGAAGAAACAGUGAAACCCAUGCAAAAGGCGGCACCCCCCCUUUGUUGGGACGAGAGAAUGGUGUCCUCCAGUUGCAUGUGAUUGGCUGUACAGAAAGUGGGGGUGAGACAACUCUUGGAAUGCAAGCAUAUGUUGGACAAUCCUCGGUGCCCGCAUCAUACGCUGUCAGUAACACAUGAAUUCGGGGCUCCCACUCUCCACAGGGUGCACAAAGAUCAACAUCAUGGAAACCAACAAACCUGCAACCACAGG